AUGAAGCUGUUCCAUCUAGUAUCGCUUCUUUUCCUUUUCUUCUCACCUCAGCUGAGAGCUACAACGCUUGGCCCACCCAAGCUAUUAUCACAAUCAGCUGAAGAAGUUUGGUAUAAAUUAGAUAUAUCUUCGAAUCCUCUCUCAAAGCCAACUCUCAAAUGUCAAGCUUCAGAUAAUGCUGAGAGCUAUAAAUGGUAUAAGAAUGGUGAGCUUCUUGAAAUCGGAGGUGACUUAGAAUGGAUUCUACCUGGACAGAGUGGAACGAUCGUCAUCAAUACACCCAAACGUGAACAUCAGGGAUAUUACCAAUGUUUCGUUUCAAAUAUCUUCGGGACAGCUGUUUCAAACAAAAUAUUUCUUCGUUUAGGAGUUUUGGAGCAUUUUGCUGCCAGACCUAUGCGAACAGUUGAAGCUGUAGAAGGAGAUGCAGUAACGCUGGCAUGCAGUGGCCCACGUGGUAACCCAGAACCAACUAUCUUUUGGUUAUAUCGGGAUACCGAACAAGAAUCUGUUAUUGAAACCAUUAGAAAGCGGCAUAUAACAGCGGAUGACCAGGGUCAACUUCACUUCUCCUCUGUAGAACCUAGUGAUGGUCGCAGUACUUUGAUCUAUGAAUGUGCCGCCACUUCACCAGUGUUACACGGCGAGUAUAGAUCUGGCGAUCAAAUUCAGUUGCAUGUCCUGCCAAGAACUUCAAAGCAACCGAUCCUAAUAAGUGCAUUAUACUUGAGUCCACCAGAAGUGACUGUUAAAGCUGGAGGUCGAUUGAAGAUUCAAUGUAUUUUUGGUGGAAGACCAGUUCCAACUGUUAAUUGGAUAAGAAUGGACGGAGAUCUACCUAAAUUCCGAAUGAAAAGUAUAAACUCUGCGGAAAGUGAUUAUGGCAAAAGCUUAAUAAUCGAAAAUGUCCAUCCUGGGGACGCUGGACGGUAUCAAUGCUCAGCGGCUCAUUUGACUCACACAAUCAACGUGAGAGUACUAGCUGCUCCUUAUUGGGAUUUGGAACCACCUCAAGAUGUUACGCAAUCAGAAGAAAGCACUACCGAAUUGGAAUGUUUGGCAUCAGGACACCCUGAACCUAUCAUUCGAUGGAGUAUGAAUGGAAUACCAUUGCAUGAACUCAAGGAAGAUUCAAGGAGACUGAUUCUUGACAAUGGACGUAUCUUAAGAUUGAAAGAGUUGAAUCAUGAUGUCGAUACUGGAGUUUAUCAAUGUAAUGCCAGUAAUCCACUUGGAUACAUCUAUGCUAAUGCCUAUGUUCAUGUUCGAGCACAUGCUCCUCGUUUCCUAAUGCCUACUCAACGUGUCUGGAAAGUUGUAAUUCAUUCAACGGUUUCAUUGAACUGUGAUGUGGAUGCAGCUCCAGAAGCUAUAGUACGAUGGGUGGAUACCGAUGAUAAGCCCUUGUUGAUCAGAGAUGCAAAAACUCAAGUAAGAUUUGAAAUAUUUAUUCUGACAUUCUUGUGA